GACAACCUAUACGUCGAGACAUUGCGGCUGCGUUCCGAUAUUCACCAUCAGUACUGAAAAUUUAUAAUAUACGUGACCUGAACUAUAUAUUUUCAGUACUGGCAGUGAAUAUGCGGAACGCAGCCUGCGAGACCGCAUGCUUCUAUCUUCCUCAAGUGACAAAGGAAGAUCUCAGCUGAUUGUGCCAUUCUUUAUCGAAUGUCAUUGUAUAUACGUUUGGUUCACCGUUACUGAUAAAUACCGAUUAGUCGGCGAUAUUAUCAAAUAAUAAGUAAAAAUUUCCAUGACGAUAACGCGGGUGAUAAUGUCCGCGAUAAACGUGAAAGCGCUCACUCGUCAAAAUAUCCAAAAAUUCUUGAAUUCGUUCGACACCGUGCUGACCGAUUGCGACGGAGUGCUAUGGAUACACAUGACACCCCUGCCGAACUCGGCAGACGUCAUCAAUCUGUUCCGCAAGCUUGGCAAACGAGUCUUCUAUGUGACAAACAACAGCAUGAAGACGCGUGAUGGUCUGGUGGAAAAGUGCAAAGCACUUAAGUUUCAGGCAAAUCAGGAAGAUAUUCUGUGCACCUCUUAUCUGUCGGCGUGCUAUCUGCAAAGUUUAGGGUUCCACAAGAAAGUCUAUGUUAUUGGUUCCGAAGCGAUCGCAAAGGAAUUGGAACUUGCUGGUAUCUCGUAUUGUGGUAUAGGACCGGAUAUACUUAAUCAAAAUAUCUCAUAUUCCGUUUUUAAAAAAGAUCCCGAAGUAGCCGCAGUUAUAGUCGGUUAUGAUGAACAUUUUAGUUAUCCCAAGAUGGUAAAAGCAGCUACAUAUCUGAGCGACGCUAAUGUACACUUUAUUGGUACCAAUACUGAUGAGAGAUAUCCAGUUUCGAAUGAUGUUGUAAUACCAGGUACGGGAAGUCUGGUUAGAUGUAUAGAAAGUUGUUCAGAAAGGAAAGCAGUGAUUAUGGGCAAACCGGACGAAUACAUGGCUAAGAUGUUGAUGGAACGAUCCAACAUCGACCCACAGCGCACUUUAAUGAUCGGAGACCGAUGUAACACCGAUAUACUUUUUGGAAUUCGUUGCGGCUUUAUGACUCUGUUAGUCCUGACAGGGGUGACCACGUUGUCGGAUAUUGAAAAAUGGAAGAAGUCUGAGCGACAAGAAGAACGGGACCUCGUACCACACUAUUAUAUAGAUGAACUAGGUGAUUUAUUACCAUACUUAAAAGAAUUAGAAACUGAAAUGUCAUAAAAUCGUUACAAGACAACUUCUUUAUGAUAAAGAAAAAUUCUUAAUAAAGAUAUAGCGAUAAUACAAUUUCUUAGGAUAUAACUAGUCUGUAUGAGAUCUGCAUCUCAUACUCUCUUACAUGUAAAUAUAUAUAUUUGCAUGUAAGAAAUUAUUUAACAGAUGGAACUUUUCUAAUAAAUUCUUGAUUAUAAUCAAUUUAUAGUCAAUUCAUAUCAAUUAUACAUGAUAUCUCGUAA